AUGGCCCAGGCGUCUCGCUCCAGUGGCCUUCUGCCUCCGCUCGCUGCCGUGCCGCCGUUGAUGGCGCAACCCGGAGGCGCUGGGGAGGAGCAGUGGGAGACAAGGCAGGCGGGGACUCCUCGCGGGGACUUUCGUGGCUGGCCGUGGCUGCCGGUUGCCGGGAGCAUCCCCUGCCUGGACCCGCGGCCCCGCGGGGCUCGGGGAGGGCUGCCGUGGUGGGCGGCGCCGGCGGACGCAGGAGAGCACCAAGAGGAAGGCGCCGCGGACUCGUGGCGGGAGCCCGCAGCCGGCCGCCCGAUACCUCCCGCGCUGCAGCGUCUCCGGGCGGUGUUGCUGCGGCUGCAUCGCGAGCGGCAGCAGCUCCUCCAUGCCCGGGACUGCGCCCGCCACCUACAGGCGGCCGUGCGCCUCCUGAGGAUCCUGAGUCCCAGCGCGCAGGUCCCCGGCCCCGGCCCCUUGCCUCAGCUCUGCCGCGACCUGCUACCGCACCCUUCCCGAGGGGCUGUCCUGCGAAUCGGCCUGCGGGAGACUCCCAUACGGCUCCUCCUGGCGCGUCCCGUCGGACUGGCCGCCCAGCGCCUGGAUGCUGCCAUCGAGAUGCAGCUUCGGGCUCUGGGUCGCGAGCCGGCCAGCCCCGGCUUGUCGUCCCAACUUGCCGACGUGCUGCUGGCACUUCCCGCCUACCACCAGCUGCAGGGAAACGCCUUGAGCCAUGUCCCCGGGGCAGCGCGCCCUUUCCCGCCGGCCCGUGUGCUCCGCCUCCUGACGGGGGAGCGGGGUUGCCAGGUGGCUGGUCAGCUAGAUGAGGCGCUCAAGGGAUCGGGCUUGCGGGAUCAGCUCCACAGUCGGUGCCAAGAGGAGCGGGAGUUGCUGCCCGGGCUGCUGGGGCUACUGGGGGGCGUGGCGGAUUCAGCCAGCAGUGGACUGGGGCUUGAAGGGGCUGGAGCCCUUUGGAGCCGGUACUGGACCCUGCUGUGGGCAGCUUGUGCUCAGAGUCUGGACCUAAGUCUAGGACCCUGGAGGGACCGCAGGGCAGCGGCACAACAGCUGAGUCAGGCACUGGGUCAGGCAUCCCUGCCUCAGGAGUGUGAGAAGGAGUUGGCUUCUUUGUGUCGCAACCUAUUUCAUCAGUCUCUUAUCUGGAGCUGGGACCAAGGUUUCUGCCAGGCCUUGGGAUCUGCUGGUGAAGAUCAGAGCAGCCUUCCCUCAUCCUCUCAUACCACUGAACUUUUGCAACAGCUCUUCCCUCCUCUCUUGGAUGCCCUUCGAGAACCCAGGUCAGGGCUACUCCUCUGUCAGCCUCCAGGUCCCGCACCACUUGCUCUGGGGCUCUGUACCCUGCAGACCACCUUGGUCUGGUUUUUGGGCAAAACUCAGCAGCAUCUGGCAGCGUGGGCCCCAGGUUCCUUCCUGGUCCUGAUCCAGAAGAACUUACCUCCUCUAUUGCACGAGGCAGCAGCUCUGUCUAGACUGGCCUCAGAGGAAAUUUUGGCCCUGGAAGUGGAGCAGCAGCUGGGCCUGGAGAUCCAGAAGCUAACUGCACAGAUCCAGCUCCUGCCUGAAGAGUCACUAAGUCUCUUUUUUCAAGAAUGUCAUAAACGAGCCACACAGGGCUUCGAACUCUACAUGCCACGGGGUCGGUACUGGCGGCAUCGUCUCUCUCCUGAACUGCCCAGCAUUCCUAGUGAGUAUGCUGGGUUGGUGGUUCGCACUGUACUGGAGCCUGUGUUGCAAGGAUUGCAGGGAUUGCCACCCCAAGCCCAGGCCCCUGCCCUUGGCCAGGCACUGACAGCCUUCCUGGGUGCCUGGCUUGACCACAUCCUCGCGCAUGGGAUCCGGUUCAGCCUGCAGGGGGCGCUGCAGCUCAGACAAGACUUUGGAGUGGUCCGGCAGUUGCUGGAGGAGGAGCAGUGGGGCCUGUCCCCUGAACUUCGCCAGACUCUGCUCACCCUCAACAUCUUCCAGAGGCUGGAUGGGGCCCUGCUGUGUCUAUUCCAGCAGCCCCUGCCCAAGCCUGAGGUCCAGAGGAGGGCUCCCUGUUGCUGUACAUGCAAUGAGGUCCAGUCCAUGGAACUGCCCAGCAGCAGCCUCAACAGCCUGGAAAGUUUGGAACCCCCUCUUCGGCCUGGAGCUCCCCCAGCCCAGACAGCUCAGCUGCUAAGCACACUAUGGGGAGGGGGACCUAGCCCGGAGGCUUACCUGGUGGGAAAUCAGCAGGCCUGGCUUGCCUUGAGGCAGCACCAGCGCCCCCGAUGGCACUUGCCUUUUCUUUCCUGCCUGGGGAUCAGUCCUGAAUCCUAAGGAGCCUGGGACCAGGAGCCAGAAAGUCAGAGCUCCCCGUCUCUGGCUGGAAAAGCCCAGACAUUUAGAACUGCA